CGACAGCCCUCGCCAACCGCCCAACUCGCGAACUCUUACGGACCGUCGCAAUGGCCUCGACUGCUACCACCGUCCCCACCAACAACCAGGUGCUGGUCCCCGAGACCCUCCUGAAGAAGCGCAAGAGCCAGGAGCAGGCUCGCGCUGUUCAGCGUGAGGAGGCCCAGAAGAAGAAGGAGGCCAACAAGCAGAAGCGUGCUACCAUCUUCAAGCGCGCUGAGUCCUACGUCAAGGAGUACCGCGAUGCUGAGCGUGAGAAGAUCCGUCUCGGCCGUGUUGCCCGCAAGGACGGUAACUUCCAGGUCGAGGACGAGGCUAAGCUGGUCUUCGUUAUCCGUAUCAAGGGUAUCAACAAGAUCCCUCCCCAGCCCCGUAAGAUCCUGCAGCUGCUCCGUCUGCUCCAGAUCAACAACGGUACCUUCAUCCGUCUCUCCAAGGCUACCCAGGAGAUGUUGACCAUCAUCAACCCCUACAUCGCCUACGGAUACCCCAACCUCAAGUCCGUCCGUGAGCUCGUCUACAAGCGCGGUUACGGCAAGGUUGACAAGCAGCGUGUUGCCCUCACCGACAACCAGAUCAUCGAGGAGAACCUCGGCAAGUACGGCAUCGUCUGUAUGGAGGAUCUGAUCCACGAGAUCUACACCGUUGGCCCCAACUUCAAGCAGGCCAACAACUUCCUGUGGCCCUUCAAGCUCUCCAACCCCACCGGUGGCUUCCACACCCGCAAGUUCAAGCACUUCAUCGAGGGUGGUGACUACGGUAACCGUGAGGAGAACAUCAACGGCCUCAUCCGCCAGAUGAACUAGAUUGUUUCAUCCUGUUGGGCGAUGGCUGUUGCUCGGUUGUCUGGGUUAAGGGCUCAUUUUCUCGGUUAGCAGUAUAAUGGUCUGGAUCCAGGUACACAAAAAUUCAAAAGCUUAGGCAACCUUCAACUCCAUUCUUCUCUGCGUAGUUCUUGUACUCCUAUACACGUAGCUGUCCGUAUGUCACAAUGUUGUCGAGUCUUGUGAUGGCCUACUAUGCUAGCCAUGAAGAACAAUUUCUGUCCAGGGAGACAGACGGUUCGGCCGAGAUGCGCGUGGACGGUCCGAUCAACCUGCUGAUUAAUACUUGAUGUAUAUGUUCUACCACUGCAUAAUAUGAAUUAUUCU